AUGAUUAUCGGUUUUUACUUUCCUCCUACUCAAGGCGUACCGCUUGUGAACGAUGAUUGGGUGCAAGUGGAUCGACUUGCACAACACAUGGCUUCUCAUUGGCACUUUGAUCAUCUUGAACCGCUUGCGUCUGAAAGUUAUGCACAAGUAAGCACGAUGCUUUUGCAGGAUCAUCUUGAUUUGGACUUGGACCCACGUGACGAGGAUGACAAUGUCGAUCAUGGUGUUCUCAAGGCUCAAGUGAUUGAAGGUGUGCAAUCGUACUUGCAAGGCACUUUACUACCAUCCGUUUGGUGGGAUGCUGUCGCUCAACCUUUAUUGAACCCCACUGCUCUUGCUGCGCUGGUUCGUAGUAGCAUUGAUGAACAUUGCCCAUCUCAACAAGACAAUAGCACAGUGCCUAGUGCAUGCUUGAUCAAUCAUAGCAGAGAACUUGGAAGUCAAUUGGAUGAGCACGUUGCAAGUUUGUUGAACCAAGCACUGGAUGAACUGGAUUCUCGCGUGGUGCCUGAUGUAUUGAAACAAACAGCUGCUCUCCUUGCUCGUAUGCAAAUCAAAACAACCAUUAAGCAACCAUGGCAACCAAAACAGUUGAUGCAUCGAUUGCCUAACCCCGUGGCGUGUCAAACACAUUCUUUCACCCGCUACUUGUAUUUAGCCCGUGUACAGUGA